AUGGCAGCAUGGACCCGAGAGUUGCGGCCGCUUGCUGAGCAGCUCUGCGUGCGUAUUCAUGACGUUCGUGAGCGAAACGUAGUGGAUCAUCUGCCGCUAUCACAGCAGGAGCUGUUUGUGCGCGUCAACCGCGUUGUGGGGCAGCUGGGCGCGCAUUUGUUCGUGGAUUGUGUGCCGCAGGACGUCCAGACGCAGACGAAAGCGCUUGCCACUAAGUUUAGCAUCCAUUCGCUGGAAGAUCGCGCUGACAAACUCUUGCGAUUGGCUGAGGAAUGUGACUACCAAGUGCUGAAGCUCUUGCUGGCGCUAGCGACGUCUCCCACGACUGCAACGGACGAAGAAGUGGCAGUGGAUCAGGACUCGCAGAUUGAGUGGAACGUCGUGCUGCAGCAAGAGCGACUGAGGCGAGAGAAACAGGAGGUGGCGGAGCACCAGCUGUGUGAUGAGCUGCAACAGAUUGCCACUCGUGACGAGUGGUACCAAGCCUGGGACAAUAGUGAGGACGAGAGCAACGACGAGAUGAGCAGCGAAGAUGAUUGUGCUGCAAUGGACGGUAUGCGUACUGGUAGAACAGUGCAAUGCAGUGAUACGAGUUUACAGGUGGAUGCAGAAGAAAACGACCGUAUGAAAAAGAAUAUCGUCACAAGCACGUCGCUCGACUUUGUGGAUAGCAAAGUGGCGACGGACAAAAGAAAACAACUAGAAGCUUUGGAAGAUGACGAGACGAUACAGGACGAAAUGUUGUGUCGUUAUUACCCCAAAGUUACGUUUCAAGAUGGAGAAAUAGUGGCAGAUGACCCAACGUGCGAGCUGGAGACGAGAGCGCCAGUACCGUUUACAUUGGAACGGCCAUGGCUGUUGUGUGGAGCGGUGGCAAAAAUUGCAAGCAGCGGCAGAUCGACCCAAAGCAAGAUGUCACCUCGAAGACUGAUGCAAGAGAAGGCAGCGGUGAACAUGGUGUUCGAGGCGCUGCACGGAGUUGACUCGCUCUUGUUUGAAUUUUGUCUGGUCACACCCACGCCUUCGAUCUUCAGUAUUGAUUUUCGGACCAAGGUGGUAAAACGAUCGCGACGGUCCUUACACGUGGCCCUCGGUCACCUCUCACCAUCGGCUUUCCACAGUAUUCUAGAAAGUUUUGCGCAGGCGGCGUCCGAGUUGCAAUUGCUUCGAGAUUUGCUUGAAUCUAUACGCCAAGCGGGAGGCUCGAAUGAGCAUUGUCGAUGUUUGACCUUGGAAGGCCUAGCUAAUGCGCUGUCAGAAGUUAUGAGAAACUUGAGUGGGUCCAUCCACACUGUCGAGCGUCAAACCAGAGACGCAGCAGGAGAACGAGAAAACGAUCCGCGUCCGUGGUGUGGGAUCAAUACACGACAGCCGACUUUGCUUGGUAUAUUCGGUGGCCUCAAGGAGAUUUUUGGAACAGUUUCGUGGCUAAAGAGAGUAUUAGUGAAAUCGUUUGAUGCGUUGUCGAGUCAACAUUGGUACGAAGUCAAGCGCGCUGAGCAAGCCAAGUAUGUGCUCGAUUCGCUCUAUCGUGCGAUAGAGACUGAAUACGUGGAAGGCGUGACAGAUGCUGCAAGUUCGCGUACUGCAUGCCAAUUAUCACGGUCCGACGUGCUCUUGCAUUUGUUUUGCGGGGCGCUGAGUCCUUAUUUGGAUCUGAUCAAUCAAACGAUCUUUGACGUAGGAUGUUUUAAGACGAUACCUCUGAACGAUGAGUUGUUCUUUACCACAACGGUAUCAGCGUGUAUCGGAGGGGCUCCAACACGUGGAAGAUUUCACAGCUUUCAAGAUGGACUGCUGUCUCUGGCUCCAUUCGAAUUGAAUCGUGGUGUCGUCCCGACGUUUCUCAGACCGAAGAUGGAUCUGAUGAUCGAAGCAUUGGCAAGCCGACAAAUGCUGGUGAACUGCUUUUUGCAUCAGCAUUCGGUAGAAGAAACACUGACGAAAGCUAAGCAAGAUCGUUUGCCGUUACACGAUUUGCAAACAGCUGAACUCAGGACGAUGGGAAGCAAACGGUACAGCGACAUUAUGUCAUCGGCUACUCGUUCAACUGCAAACAAUGAAGACGUCUCAACUUCGUCGCAACAAACAAUGCUGGAGAGCGUGCCAUUCAACUGCCUCAUCGAACGUUGUCUCACGAGACAUCUUGAGAUGAAGUGUCGCGAACUAAAUGGCGAGGUCACGGACAUCUUUCGCGAUGAGAUGAACUACAUGGCGCACUUGGAUGCCCUUCGAAUGUUUGUGCUCAUGGAGCAGCAAGACUUCUUUGGCACUUUCAGUGAACAAAUGGUGACUCACAUGCAGCAAAAUCCCGUCACAUGGGCUGAUAGUGACAUGAUCAACUCAUUCCACCAGAGUGCAGUCCAAGAAGUAUGCGAAGACAACUCGCUGUCGUUGUUGCAGCGGCAACUUGGUGGCCAGCUAUGUGCUCACAUCGAUUUCAGCUUGCUGGAUAGUUCCACUGGCGGUGCAAGCAUCGAUAUUGCGACGAUGAAUUGUGUGCACUUCGCCUAUUUUGUGCAACAUCCACUUCGUGUUCUUUUCAGCACAUCGAUCAUGCAUAAAUACUCAAGAAUCGGAGUGUUACUCGUCCAGGUGAAGGCAGUGGAGUCGGUCCUGGUCAAGCUCAAGUCAACACUUCGGCAUCGUCGCUGCUACACAUUAAUUGAGGACGACAUGCGACAGCUGCUCCUUCGAAUUGCCGAUAUGCUGCAUUACACCAAGAGUUUACUACAUUAUCUCACCAGUCAGGUAUCAUGCAAGAAAUGGCUUGAGUAUCGUCACGUUCUUCAGUCGUCACGUAGCUUAGCCGAGAUGAAUACUGUACAUGAAGAGUACCUGGACUACCUGCUGAACCGCUUCUUUCUACUUGAUAAGCACGCGAGCGUUAUUCGCUACAUCCUCACAACCUUCAACCAUAUACUGCGCUUCGUGGGUCACGUCGAAGAGUUCGUCUGCGCGGUGGACCGAAACAUGCACGCAUAUUUACCCGGUCACCGGAAUGAAGAUGUGAGUGGGCCGGAACCGGAGAUGCGGACUCGCGCGGUGCCAGGCGUCCGAAUACUUGAUCACCCUGACUUUCGCACACUUUACUCCGAAAUGACGAGGCGCUCACGUGAGUUCAAGCGGCAGUCACAUGUUUUAGUGGUGAUGCUGACGGCUAUGCAAAAGCACGGCGCGUUCCCUCACGUAAACGAGAUCGUGACUGAGCUCAACUACAACUACUUCUACCACGAACAAGAACGUUCGUGUCGAAAGCAGAGUCCAGAGCCGCAGUAG